AAUUCAUACCAUUGUAUCUUCUUAUUAUUUGUAAUAUAUUUUAAUAAAACAGAAGAAAUAAUUUAUGUAAAAGGAUUCAUUAGUAAUAAGCUUAAGUUUAAAUAUUAUAUUAUUUAAUCAUUUUAAUAAUUUUAUACUUUGUAAAUAAGAAAAUUAGUUUGGAAUAGAAAGUAACAAAUUUUAUAAUUUACACGGGAUUAAGAUUAUUAUUUAUACAGCAUUAUUAUAUUUUUGUACUAUAUAAUAAUGGCGCAAACAGAAUUUCCACCAUUAAAAAAUGACUUAAUUUUAAAAGCUGCAAAAGGAGAAUCCACAGAACGUGUUCCAAUAUGGAUAAUGCGUCAAGCAGGGAGAUAUCUUCCAGAGUUUCAAGAAAUCAGAUCAAAACAUGAUUUUUUCUCUGUUUGUGAAACACCAGCUUUAGCUUGUGAAGUUACUUUACAGCCUAUAAAACGGUUUGACUUAGAUGCUAGCAUCAUCUUUUCUGACAUACUAGUUCUACCGCAAGCAAUGGGUUUAACUGUUGAAAUGGUUCCUGGAACGGGGCCAAUUUUACCCAAACCUUUGAAGGAUCCAACAGAUUUAGUUAGAUUAGUUCAUCCAAAUGUAGAAAAGGAUUUAAAAUAUGUAGGAGACGCCAUAACUUUAACAAGGCAUAAAUUAGAGGGGAAAGUACCAUUAAUUGGCUUUACUGGCGCACCAUGGACAUUAAUGAGCUACAUGAUCCAAGGUGGAGGUAGUUCAACAAUGACAAAGGCACGGCAAUGGUUAUAUAAGUAUUCAGAAGACUCUCACAAACUCUUACAGCUUAUUACGAAUGUCAUAAUUGAUUACCUUGUAAUGCAAGUAAAAGCUGGAGCACAGUUAUUGCAAGUAUUUGAAAGUCAUAGUGAUUUCCUUAAUGACGAGUUAUUUGAAAAGUUCUCGUUUAAAUAUUUGAAAGAAAUUAGCGAUAAAGUGAGACAGCGAUUGAAGGAAGAAAAUAUUCCUGAAGUGCCAAUGAUUGCUUUUCCUAAAGGUGCAACUAUGAAUUCCUUAGAAAUGUUGGCAAAGUCUAAAACUUAUGAAGUAUUGGGUUUAGAUUGGAAUGUUAAUCCUGCAGAAGCAAGGAGAAGAUUUGGUUCUGAAAUUACUUUGCAAGGGAAUUUAGAUCCAUGUGCAUUAUAUGCUUCUGAGCAAGAAAUAGCCGAUCGUGCUCGAGACAUGGCAAUAAAAUUCGGUAAAACUCGAUAUAUAGCGAAUUUGGGACAUGGUAUUCUACCAGAUAUACCAAUAACGUCAGUUGCAGCUUUUAUCAAAGGGAUUCAUUCAGUGUAAUUUGUUUGUUGCAAUGCAAACUUAUUAUAAUAAAUUUUAUUCUAUUUUUAUCAAAUUUCGUACAAAUUUAAUCGAUGUCAGAGAUAUUAAUGUAAUACAUUACAUUUAAA